AUGCAUACUGUGCGUCCUAUCUUGCUUUCGCUUGCCUUUGCGGUGGUUGUGGUCUACGCUGGGGGUGUGGUCUGGGUUGUCUCGUCCGGCGGCUCGACAUCGACGGCGUCCAAGGACAAGACCAAGAGCAAUCCUGUCACCUUUUCUGCCGGCCAUACCAUUGCCAAGGAGUGUGCAUCAGUGUCGACUCCAGUGACGCUGCGGAUUGAGCAGGGCCUGUACACUUUUUCUGCGCGGCUUCAGCUCGGCUCAUACAUCACGUACGAAGGCGGACUCAAGUAUGAUGGAGCUGGCGUGUGGCGCAAGUCAAACGCCCUGUUUACCACCACUCUGCAGCGGAUUGGCUCCACCACCUUUGAGCCCCCUGGCUCGCCGUCGGGCGAGGUCCGGGCGUACAUUGGUAUGGAAGCCAAUGGCAUCACCGGCUUCAAGCUCAUGGAUCUGGUUGUGGAGACCAAUGCAGCGCCGUUCAAAGGGGGCCGUGGCGUCUCCACCUACGGUAUCUACCUGCACAACGCCAACGCAUUCGCCAUCGUCCGCUGCUCUAUCCGUCCGGGCCAGGCGUCCAGCGGCGCUGGAGGCUCCAAGGGCAACAAGGGCGAAGACGGCAGCGAUGGGACCAAGGGCGGCAACGGCGACGACGACAACGACACAAACGAGGGCCCCGGUGGAAAGGGCGGAGCCGGUGGAGGUAGUGUCAAUGGUGGCAACGGUGGCUCUCUCAGUGGAUGCUGCAAAAAGGGCGCCGCCGGCGGUGGUGGUGGCACCAGCAGCAGCGUUCAUCUUGGGGGUGGAGGCGGCGGUGGUGGAUCAGGUGGCCAAGAAGAACAUCGCGGCGGGAACGGUGGUCGCGGUGGGCGGACCGGUGGUAACGGCGCGGUAGGCAACAAGUUCAAUGGUGAUCCAGGUAGUACUGGCUACAAGGGUACCGACGGCGCGCCAGGAUCGACCGGCGGCGCGCCGUAUCACGACUACAACUUCUGGGUCCCUGGCAGUCGCGGUGGGACUGGGAUCCGCGGGUACGGAGGCGGCGGUGGUGGAGGCGGUGCUGGUGGUAAGGGCCAGUACACCUCGGUCUGCUGUGAUGGCGCUGGAGCCGGCGGUGGCGGUGGUGGUGGUGGUGGCGCGGGUGGUUUUCCAGGCACCGGUGGCUACGGCGGCGGAUGCUCGUCUGCGGUGUACGUGACUAGCGGCGGCGCAGCGUCAAGCCUGACCGACUCGUACCUACUUGCCGGCUCGGCUGGCAGAGGCGGCGUUGCCGGUGACGGCGGCGAUGGUGGCAAUGGCGGUGGCGCCGGUGUUGGCGGCUUUGGAAACGCCGAAGUUGGUGGUGGUGGUGCCGGUGGUCCUGGUGGAAUCGGCGGUAAGGGUGGCAAUGGCGGUGCAGGCCGCGAUGGCCUGGCGGUCGACGUCUAUGACGCGCCGGCGCCGGUCUCACAGAACCAGGCGACGCGUUACAACUUUGCCAGCGAGCCGACGUUCACCAUGAGCGCCGACAUUCUGUGCGUCAACACACAGGUGACAAUCACCAAGACCGACACGAAUCCAUGGGUGUGGCCUUCAGGUGCGACCGUGGUGAGCGAGGAGCCUCUGACUGCAGUUGUCGCCUUUAACGACCGCGGCCGAUACUCGGUGCGGACGUCGGCGGUCGAGAUCCGCGAGUUUGUGCUCGUGGGCCUGACCUCGCCGGCGCACACUAUCAGCGUGGUCGGUGCAUCGGCGGAGGCCGCUGGUGUCCGGGUGGCGCCUGUUGAUGGCGUCAUCGCCCUCAACGUCACCACUCAGCCGUCGUUCACCAGCUACCAGUGGACGCUGAGUGGCGAGGCGUGCGCCGGUAGCCAUGCGGGAGCGGGCGUGAGCGGCAUCACGCUCUCGACUCCCGGCACCUGCCGGGUUCUGCUUCAGAUCGGGACGACCGAGUGCGGGACGCUCGCAACCGAGACCACUAUUGUUGUCACCAACAUCGAUCCGGUGGUGUCGACGACAACCUCGACAACGCCGCAGCAGUUGGAGGCCGGGGCUGCGUGGGCCUUUUCGGUGGUGACCAAGGAAAACGGUGGGACUGUGAUCGACAACCCGCUCGACAUCGUGGGGCUCUACGACAACUCACUGAGCCUUGACAGUGGGCCGAUCUCAAGACAAACCUACGUUGGCGCUGGCACCCACGACGUGGUGUACUCACUCACGGUACCGGGCGACUACGCGUACACGCUGCGCGUGAAUCUCAUGCCGCUUGCCGCCAACCCGUACGAGGUGACGAUUGUGCCUGGUCCGACGUAUGCGCCCAUGUCGGGUGCAUCCGGCGCCGGCUUGGUCGAGUCCAAGGUCGGCGAGACCGUCGAGUUUGUUGUUGUCGCCCGCGACGAGUACGGCAACCGCCGGCGAGCCGGUGGUGACAUUGUCCUUGCCUCCGUCUCCUCAGUCGACUCGCAAGUCCUCGUCUCGUGCACCGACAACAGCGACGGAUCGUACACCUGCGCGUACGCGACCCAGAUCGGCGGUUCGUACGUGCUCUCUGUACAGCUCAACUCUGUGGCUAUCGGCGGUUCGCCGUGGUCGUUCAAGGUGCUUGCCGUCUGCGACGUUGGCUACUUCGCGCAGACUGAGUACGGUCCGUGUCUGGCGUGUCCCCUAGAGGCGUACAGCGACGUGGUCAACACGCCCGAGUGCAAGGCCUGCCCGCCCCACACGUCGGCAACGCCGCUGGCCUCGUCGAUCUACAACUGCACCUGCUUGAAGGGUUACUUUCAGCCGGACCAGCUCUCGGGUCUCCCGUGUCUGCGCUGUCCCGAGGGUGGCAUCUGUCCCGGACGUCGAGAGCUGCCGUAUCCCAAGCCGGGCUACUUUCCGGGCCCGACUAACGGCUUUAUCUCGUGUGACCACAACCGGGCGGCGUGUGCCGGUGGCUCGCCGUUCCGAUGCACAACCGGAUACACCGGCCUGCUCUGUGGCGAGUGUGCACCCGGCUACUACAAGAUCGACAUUCAGUGCAAAAAGUGCGACGGCUUCCCGACCGAGCUUGCUCUGUUCUUCUUUGUGGUCUUUGGCCUCUUUGCCUGCGCCGCACCUGCGUGGUUCAACACCAAGACCGAGGUCUCGCACAAGUUCGUGGCCCUCGUCAUCGGCCUCAACGCGCUCCAGGUCGUCGCCAUCUACGGUGACAUCAACCUCGACUGGCCCGAGUACGCGCGGUCCAUCUUCGACAUUGUCUCGUUCCUCAACAUCAACCUCGACCUUGCCAAGCCUGAGUGCACCAUCAGCGCGUCGAACAUCUGGCUGGUCAAGUGGGCGGUCAUGAUGGCGAUGCCGGCCAUCGGUGUCGCUCUCUUUGGCAUCGUCUACCUGUGGAUGGUCUUCUACAUGGUCGUUGUCGAGCGGUGGGGCGAGUCGUUUGCCGCCAGCCACCCCGAGUGGAUGGUGGUCCCGAGCGAUGGUGCAAGCAGGGCAGCCCAGGCCAAGCAUCGGCUCGGGCGGUGCCUCACGGUCUCGGUCCUCAAGCACCGCGGCAUUGUGUCGACCAUCGGACGGGCGUACUUUCAGCUCAUUGCCCUUGUCUACCUCCCGCUCGUGGCCAUGACGCUCAAGUUCUUUGAGUGCGAAAAGGCGCGGAUGCACGGCGGCGCGCACGCCAUGGAGUUUGUGCUGAGCUACGGGUUCAUGAUCGGGCGGUACCGGACCCGGUUCUACCUCUUCGAGACCGCGAUCAUGGCCCGCAAGUUGGCGAUUGUGCUGAGUGUGGUGAGCGUCCAGAACCCGCUGCUGAAGGCGUCGAUUGUUAUGCUGCUGCUCUCCGGCAUUGCAGUCCACUCGUCAUACAUCCAGCCGUACGUCUCGACCUUCCACAACCGGCUCGAGUCGUGGAUGCUCUGCAUGGCCAUUCUCGCGCUGUGGGGUGGGACUGUGACGUACUCGUCGGGCCUCUCGCAGGCUGCCAUCAUCACCGGCCUCUCACUGCUCCUCAUCUCGAUCAUGCUCGGGGUCCUGUUCGACUUUUACCGCCUCCGCAAAAAAGAGGCGGCGCAGUCGGAGGCGGUGAAUUUCGAGCAGGCGACGACUUCGAACGCGAUGCAGCAGGACCAAGACGAUGCCGCUGUCGGUGGGCUGAUGGAGGGCUACCAGUCGAGUGAUAUCUCAAGCCUCGCCUACGCGAAUCCAGCCUUCCAGGAUGGGACCGGUGAGGAUGCGGCGGUCAUCGCCACAAUGUGCGAGAGGCCAGAGAACAGCUCAAUGACUUGUGUCUCGACUGACGACUCAUUCAACUCGCUCACCGUGGCCGGCGCCCCCGCCGUCGCCACCAUCACCGACUCUCCCAUCCCGAUGCCCCCUGCCGUGCCCAAGGAUGGCCCGUCGCGGCCUGCCUUGUCCUCCAUGUAGGUCGAUGAGGCGUAGUGGCCGCUGAUUGAACACCCCGCCAUCCAUGCG